ACCCUCCUCUGAGACAAGGUGGCUGGGUUCCUGCACGUGGAGCUGAGCUGACGUUGUUACACGGGCUGUAUUGGCUUUGCUGUGUUACUCAGAAACAGCUGGUAGGAGAUGGUGGAACGAAGCCACCCAAGAGCAGACCACGCAUCUCUUCCAUUCUCUGCAGGUCCCGUGGUGCUUUGGAGACCUGAUGUGAAGCACGUCCAUGCCAGCCAUGGCGAAAUGAGGACAUAAUCUGCCUUCCUGUUCAUUGCAGGAACCCAGCCACCUUAUCUCAGAAUUGCUUCCCAAAUCCAAGGCUCUUUCCCAGCUACCUGUCAGGCCAUUUUAUGGACAGUAGGGCUCAAUGGACCUUAAACCCUCAACAACAUCAGAGCAAGAAAGCUGCUGCUGCUCCUCCUCCUCCUCUUGAUGUUUUACAUCAUCAGACUACAGCUACUUCCUGGCAUUACACACAGCUUCUUGCCAACCACCAGAGAAGAGUCUCUCGUUUCAGAGGAGGGGGAUUCUGCUGCUCGUGAGAGACUCCCCUUCCACAAGUCCUUGUGCUUGGAUGCCUCUGGUGGUCCUUGGGACGGAGAUGAGCAUGUAGAAAGUGUCUGCUGAUGGAAAAUGUCACAGACACAUCUGGAAGGGAGAGAGGCCCUUGUGAGGCACCUACGAGCAAAGCUCCAAGGGAACAGGAAAGACACUCCCGAAGCAGGCAGCUGGCCGGAGAAUCGCUCUGCAGCAUGCCGUGCAGCAGAGCUGGGACAGACCCCUGCGCCAGGUUCCAAGGGUGAGCCACCUCCCGAGCCCCCCAGGACCAGGAGAGUGGAUUUCACCAAAGCCCCUCUAUCUCGCAAUAAAGGCCAGAAUGAGGGACAGAGUUUGCCUACUCCUCCCUUUGGUGAGAACCCAGCAUGGGGGACGCGACUGAAGAAGGGGAUUGCUCAAGAGGCCAAUUCCCACCCAACCGCUGCAAAGCCAGGACGAAGAGAGGCAUUGAACAAGGACAUUGGAGCUGCCUCAGAACCUCCCCAGAGAAGCCCAGCCCAGCAGAAAUGGCCACUUGUCAAAGACAAGGGUGCUCCAACAGUUCCUGCCGAAAGAGCGUCUGUUCCAGCUUCCCUGAAUGCUGUGGGAAGCACCCAGGAGACAGGGCACCCAGCUCCGCCUCGGAGGAAGCCCUUGCCACACGUUAAGGCCCUGGGAGUGAGGCCACCCAAGCCCAGGCGCCCUCCUCUUGUGGACCUGGAGAAGUUCGGUGCAGCAGCACGUCCUGGGGUACCCGGCCAUCCUGCCACAGAACCAUCGAGGAACACUCCGCCAAAUUACCCGAAACCAGGUAAUACUGCAUCAGCCGCAGCACGGUUCCCACCCCAGAACGCUCCGAGUUUAACAGGGGAAGAAGAUGAGAUAUAUGACGACGUAGAGCCUGUUGGACUGCUCAGGAGAGGCCAAGGGUUUCCGCCGCCCCCCGCGUCCCAGCCCUCAGCGUAUUCCCGCUCCAGAGGAGGUGGAGAUGCUGGUCUGGCCUCUAACAGGGUUGCCCUGGUGCCAGCUGCACAGAGAGAAGCCCAGAUCUUUCGGAAGACAAAGGUGAUGACGCUCAAGGAGUGCAAGAAGGAGGAGAAGGCAGACAGGGAGUUUCAGAAGAAGUUCAAAUUCGAAGGAAACAUCCAUGUCCUCACACAAAUGAUGGUUGACCCUGCAGCGACGGAGAAGAGAGGCGGAGGGAAGAACCUCCCACUCAGACGAGGAGAAAUUCUAGAUGUCAUUCAGUUUACAAAUCGGGAGCAAAUCCUCUGCCGAAACAGCCAGAGGAGAUAUGGCUACGUGCCCCGGGCCGUGAUGCUGCACCUGGACACUGACAUCUACGACGACGUUGAGAUUUACGGUUGAACAGUCCAUGCUAAAGCAAAAGUCACGAGACAUCAUCAACAGCGAGAACUCUCUGAGGGCCUAAACAUGAGAAGCACUAUAUGCCCUGCUCCUGCUGCCUUUCAGACAGCCUGGCAAAGUGGCCGUGUCCUUGCCAAAAUCAUCAGGAAGGCUCGCCGUUCUGCAAGGAUCUUGUCCCGCUAAAGCAGGGACCAGCCAGGGGGUUGAAAGUGAUCUUUAAAUCAAGCUGUCUUCUCUGUGGCUUUAUUUUGUCUGUGUAAAAUAUGGCAAUGAUAUGAGAGGGUUUCAUGGUCUUAAUUGGGGAUUUUUUUUUUAAUCUGAGGCUUUUCUGGUUUUGAAAUCCUUGUUGUGCUGGAAAAGGGCAGGUAUCACCACAGUCAGGUUUGAAAUGCCAGCACUCAAGGUGUGAUUACCAAGGAGAUGUAAAUAAAAGAGAAUAGUUAGAACGAAAGGCACUUUCUAAAGGCGCAGGAGCCCCCACUUCGUCUGAGCCCCGAGAAACCUGCUGUGCGGUUGCUGCCGCCUCCCUGGCUGACACACAGCAGAGCCAGAG